CCGGGGCGGGGCCAAGGCCGGAAGUGGGUGUGGCAGAGACGGAGGCCGAGCGGGCCUCUGAGAAACGAUAUUGGGGAGUGGGAAACGUACGCUUCACAGCAAUGAUUCCCCCACAAGAGGCGUCCGCCCGGCGGCGGGAGAUUGAAGACAAGUUGAAACAGGAGGAGGAGACACUAUCCUUUAUCCGAGACAGCUUGGAGAAGAGCGAUCAGCUCACCAAAAACAUGGUGUCUAUCCUGUCAUCCUUUGAGAGCCGCCUCAUGAAGCUGGAGAACUCCAUCAUCCCGGUGCACAAGCAAACAGAGAAUCUGCAACGAUUGCAGGAGAACGUUGAGAAGACCCUAUCCUGCCUGGACCAUGUCAUCAGCUACUACCAUGUGGCUAGUGACACUGAGAAGAUCAUCAAGGAAGGCCCUACAGGUCGGCUGGAAGAGUACCUGGGAAGCAUGGCCAAGAUUCAGAAGGCUGUGGAGUAUUUCCAGGACAAUAGCCCAGACAGCCCAGAACUCAACAAAGUGAAGCUGCUGUUUGAGCGGGGGAAGGAGUCACUGGAGUCCGAGUUCCGCAGCCUGAUGACCCGACACAGUAAGGUCGUCUCCCCCGUGCUCAUCCUGGAUCUCAUCAGUGGCGACGAGGACCUAGAGGUCCAGGAGGACGUGGCUCUGGAGCACCUACCUGAAAGCGUGCUCCAGGAUGUGGUCCGCAUCUCCCUCUGGCUGGUGGAAUAUGGCCGUAACCAAGAUUUCAUGAAUGUCUACUACCAGAUACGCUCCAGCCAGUUGGACCGCUCCAUCAAGGGCCUAAAGGAGCAUUUCCGGAAGAGUAGUUCUUCCUCUGGGGUUCCCUACUCCCCUGCCAUCCCCAAUAAGAGAAAGGAUACACCCACCAAGAAGCCAAUCAAGCGGCCAGGGACGAUCCGUAAGGCUCAGAACCUUCUGAAACAGUAUUCCCAGCAUGGUCUAGAUGGGAAAAAGGGGGGCUCUAACCUCAUUCCUCUGGAAGGGAGAGAUGACAUGCUGGAUGUGGAGACCGAUGCCUACAUUCACUGUGUCAGUGCCUUCGUCAAGCUGGCCCAGAGCGAGUACCAACUGCUGACAGACAUCAUCCCCGAGCACCAUCAGAAGAAAACCUUUGACUCCUUGAUACAGGAUGCACUGGACGGCCUGAUGCUUGAGGGGGAGAACAUCGUGUCUGCUGCCCGGAAGGCUAUUAUUCGCCAUGACUUCUCCACAGUGCUCACAGUCUUCCCCAUCCUGCGGCACCUCAAGCAGACCAAACCUGAGUUUGACCAGGUGCUCCAGGGCACGGCUGCCAGCACCAAGAACAAACUCCCUGGCCUCAUCACCUCCAUGGAGACCAUUGGAGCAAAGGCGCUGGAGGACUUUGCAGACAACAUCAAGAAUGAUCCAGACAAGGAGUACAAUAUGCCCAAGGAUGGCACUGUGCACGAGCUCACCAGCAACGCCAUUCUCUUCCUGCAGCAGCUUCUGGACUUCCAGGAGACAGCAGGCGCCAUGCUGGCCUCCCAAGUUCUUGGGGACACAUACAAUAUUCCUUUAGACCCCCGAGAAACCAGCUCUUCGGCCACCAGCUACAGCUCCGAGUUUAGCAAGCGACUGCUGAGCACCUACAUCUGUAAAGUCCUGGGCAACCUGCAGCUGAACUUGCUGAGCAAGUCCAAGGUGUAUGAAGACCCAGCCCUGAGCGCCAUCUUCCUACACAACAACUACAACUACAUCCUUAAGUCCCUGGAGAAGUCUGAGCUGAUUCAGCUGGUGGCUGUGACCCAGAAGACUGCUGAACGCUCCUACCGGGAGCACAUCGAGCAGCAGAUCCAAACCUACCAGCGCAGUUGGUUAAAGGUGACUGAUUACAUCUCAGAGAAGAAUCUACCUGUGUUCCAGCCUGGAGUCAAGCUUCGGGAUAAGGAGCGGCAGAUGAUCAAGGAACGUUUUAAGGGCUUCAACGAUGGCCUCGAAGAAUUGUGCAAGAUCCAGAAGGCCUGGGCCAUUCCAGAUACAGAACAGAGAGACAAGAUUCGCCAGGCCCAGAAAAACAUCGUCAAGGAGACCUAUGGGGUCUUUCUGCACAGGUAUGGCAGCGUGCCCUUCACCAAGAACCCCGAGAAGUACAUCAAGUACCGCGUGGAGCAGGUGGGCGAUAUGAUCGAUCGCCUUUUUGACACCUCUGCCUAAGCCUGCCAGCGUCCCUGCUUGGUUCCGUCAGAUUAGCCAUGUCAUUGGACAGAUAAACCAGUGUUAACUCACGUCUGGGCUGGGUGAGUUUGAAGUCCUUUGGGGCGGAGACUUUUCUUCACUACCCCAUCCAGGAGCCCUAUCCCUGUGCCCCUUGUCCAGGUAUCCACUUCCCUGCAUCACUUCAAAGCAGCACUUCUCCAGGACACAGGAACCUUUCAGAACUUCACUUUUGUGAUUGAGCACUACCAACCAGGGCCACCGAUGGCUGCUGAGAAAGGAGAGAAGGAAGCCAGAGGCCUAUGCCCCAAGCUGCUUUGUGUAGCCCCCUCAAAGGUAGACAGACCUUCCCCAGCCUAGUUCAGACCCGGAGAUGGAGAACUGUCAUCCAGCCCAGAGAUGUGGGUGGGGCUCAGAGGAGCCUGCUGUGUCCUAGCCAGAGGGAGGCCCUAGGGCUGACUGUGUCUCUUGGAUAUAGUGUGAGGGCCCCAGACUUCAGCCCUGGGGAUGUUUGGCCUUUUCGAAGCUCUCUAGGUGGUGAGGAGGAGCCUCUCUGUCUACGCCCUGUAGAGUCCAGUGUGCUGCAGGAAACAUUCGAAGUUCUGCCCUCUGAGGCCAGCCGUUCAGCAUCAUCUCGUGGUCCCCAGUAUCAGCACCUCCUGGCCCAGGCCCAGACAGUAGCAGUCACAAAACAAGCAGUUAGGCCGUGUGUGUUCUGGGCAAUUAGUGGAUGGGCUGUGGGGUCCAGGAGCAAAGUAGGACGGCAGGUAUGUGAAGUCGGCCCCCUGCUUAGCACAAGCGUGAACAGCUAAGUUAGUGAAGGCCGAUGCUGGAGACGCUCUUGCCCUUGGGUAAGGGGUUUAUUUCCACUCUGCUCUGCAUGUAUUCAUACAGAGCCAGGAACUUGUGGUACUUGGGGCCCUGCAGGGUAGGGAAGAGCCAGCCCUCCCUCCACCCUCUCCAAAGACCCUGGCCUGGCCCUUUCCCCAGCUAUGGGGAGCUACACUGCAUCCUACAGUCUGGGCACUGGCCCUGCCCCGUGACAUCCCAGGCUGUGGCGAACAGCCUCCGCAGGGGCAGGGUCGGAGUUACAUGUUGCCCACAUCCAGAUUCCAACAAAGAGAAACUGGCCACAUACCACACCAGCCACACAUAUGAGGAAAAAGGUGCAGUCAGCAGCCUCAGCCCAGUUCCUUGAGGCUUUUUCUUUUUCUUUUCUUGAGGGUGCUGUAGGAGAAGAAGCAGGGAAAGGAGCUUUUUGCAGACCUCUUCCAACCUACUCUUGCAGAACAGACCCUUAAGUCUCCCUUUGAUUCUCAACUAAUGACAGUUUGGGUCUGGUCUAGCCUAAGCCACCUCCGCAGGAAGAAAUACCCUCUUAGGGAUCUCCGGCAUUCGUUCAGGGUCUGACGCGACCUUGGCCUUCAGGGAGGCUGAGCUGGCUGGCUGUUGCAGACAGGCCUGCUUCUUCCCAGGGAGGAUGCAGUAGAGCCUGGGGACAGGAGCUCCACUGGCUCUGAGUGCAGGUACCUUCGACAGACCUAGACACCCCCGCGCCCUGGCCCUAGUCCCAGGUGCGCACCUAUUGGCUCUGCCCUGUCGGCCUUGCCCCAGGCCUCGUUUUCACCCACCAGCUGGGGCCUUAGCUCCUGCUCACCUUCAGGAUUAGACCCUGGGUUCUCCUAAUCUCUCUGUUCCUUUCUUGGGACUGGGCUGGAGCUGCUUUUAUUCCUAAAGUUGUCCUGGGCCAGCAGCUCAGCCAGCAGCACAGUCUCCGUGGUGCUGAGGGAGAGCAGCAGCAGGACUGUGAGGUGAUAAACUGGAGGUGGGAAAGGACUUCCGGGACCAGGCCUGACAGGCAGAGGCUCCAUGACAGCAGGUGGGGACAGGCCUCAUGGAACCAGAAGAAGCAGGGCUUAUUGAGCAGUGGGUUGCAGGAGGAGGAGCUAGGCAGGGCCUGCACUGGGGAAGGGUGGAAGACAGGGAGCCCAGCAACAGUGUCACCUUGUAGGCAAUGUGCCCAGUGGCCCAGAGGGGCAGCAGCCGCCACACACACUUCAGCUAAUGGCAAUGCCUCUCCAAGCACCCGCGGAGAGAUAGUCUCUACUGCUGUGUUCUUCAGGCUCAUCUGGAAAGAAAAGAGCUGGGCCUUUCCCAGGAUACAGAGCGGGUGGGCAGCAUGAGGAUGACAUUGUGGCCCUCCAUCAGCCUCUGCUUGCCCCUUCCCAGUUUGACUCACUAUCACCUGGCACCAGGACACCAGAUCCGGGGGCGGGGGGGGCGUUCCUUGGAUUUUCAAAUCAUAAACUGCACAUUCUCUUGACA